GCUUUGAAACUAUCAUGGAUUUUGGCGUAUUUUCCAUUUUACUGGUGAUGACCAGCCUGGCUCUUUAUACAGCUGGGAAUGUUCCACACAUCAUUCCAGAUCCACAUGUUAAUGCUGACCUGGGUGCUGAUUUCACACUGAACUGUAGACUGAGUCAGAACAAUAUUACUGUCAUACAGGUUGAGUGGUCGUGGGGAUCCUCAGAGAAGCUGGAAGGAAAAAUUGUUGUAUUUGACAAAGAGUAUGGGACAAAUUACCAAAGUCCCAAAUUCAGUGGCAGAGUAACUUUUUUCAAUCAUUCCCAGUAUCAUGUGUCCAUCCGAGUCUCAUACGUGACAAUGAAUGACACCGGGAACUACACCUGUCAGUACACCACCUUCCCCAGCGGCAUCUUUCAAGCGACCACCACAGUCACCGUAACAGAUAAGAGCAGAGAUGUUAUGCUGAAUGACCCCCCCCAUGGAGCUUCCCUUUGGAUUGUAGGAACUGUCAUGGCUGCCCUGCUGUUCACAGUGCUGCUGGCUGCCGCUGUGUAUUUCACCCUAAAACAUGCCCGGAAAACGACCAGCGCAAGAAGCCGCCCAGAUCAGACCACCAAUGAUCAAGAUAAGGAUUUAAACUAUGCAGAAAUAGGUUUCUUCAGGAAAGCAGGCAGCACGAAGGUUCCCCAGUCCAAACCAGAUGUAGAGUAUGGAGAAGUGAUCUUUCCUAGCCGAGUGUCAAGUGCCCAUUCUCCUGUACGCCAACCGAACGUGGACAGGGACACGACUUACGCUGAAGUCAAGAGGGCCUAACCGCUCUGGACUGAGCCCAUGAUGUCUUUCAAUGAGCUAAGAAGUUCAGAGUUGAGGGGACCCUGUCAACAGCCCUGUGAGCUGAGCAGGAAACAUCAUUAGGAGGAGAAG